UUUAAAAAAAUUGUCCACUUUAUCGGGUCACACCAAACAGAGCAGAAAAAAAGUGAAAUCAAAUGAAUAUUGAUUUCACGUCCGCUUCUGAACUUCGAACCCAAACCAUUCAAACGCAGAAGAUGAAGCUGAAGAACCUUGAAGAGAGUUAGUUACUGUGAGGCUUGGCUUCUCUCAGGAAACGUUCAGGGUAGUAACGGUGAGGGCCUACAAUCUCAACCGUUAGUUUUUUCUAGCCGCCGUGGAUGGGCCAAUCUGCGUCCUCCGCUGCUGUCGCUAGCCGUCGCGAGAGGGACCAAGGCCAACGCUCCGUCAACGUCUCCAAGACCAGAUCCGCCGCCUCGGUUUCGCCGAUGGUAACUUAUUCAGCCGGCGAAGAAGACAGCGAAAACCUUAGCGUCGAAGCAGUUACCGAUGGAAUUGCUGACUACAUCUCCGAUCUCCCGAACGAGUGCGUGGCUUCGGUGUUUCAGUUUCUCGGCUCCGCCGAUCGUAACCGCUGCUCGCUCGUUUGCCGGCGGUGGCUGCAGAUCGAAGGACAGAGCCGUCACCGGCUCUCGCUGAACGCUGAAUCGGAUCUCCUUCCGGCGAUUCCGUCGCUCUUCUCUCGCUUCGAUUCGGUGACGAAGCUCGCGCUGAAGUGCGACCGCAGAUCCGUGAGCAUAAAAGACGACGCGCUAGUGUUGAUCUCGCAGCGGUGCCCUAACCUCACGCGCCUUAAGCUCCGCGCGUGCCGCGAGCUCACCGACGCCGGAAUGGAAGCGUUUGCCAAAAACUGCAAGGGAUUGAAGAAGCUCUCGUGCGGAUCGUGCACGUUCGGAUCCAAAGGCAUGAACGCGGUGCUCGACAACUGCGCCGCGCUGGAGGAGCUCUCCGUGAAGCGCCUCCGCGGAAUCACCGACGCGGCAGCGGCGGAGCCCAUCGGUCCCGGCGCGGCUGUGUCGUCGCUCAGAACCGUGUGUCUGAAGGAGCUCUACAACGGCCAGUGUUUCGGAACGCUGAUUCUCGGCGCGAAGAAUCUGAAAACCUUGAAGCUUUUCCGGUGCUCCGGCGAUUGGGACCGCCUCUUCCAACUGAUGGCGGCUCGAGCCGCGAACAUUGUUGAGGUCCACCUCGAGAGGCUUCAGAUUAGCGACGUUGGAUUGCAAGCAAUCGCGAAUUACUCGAGUCUGGAGAUUCUGCAUCUUGUAAAGACUCCCGAAUGUUCUGAUAUCGGACUUGUUGCUAUUGCAGAUAGGUGCAAGCUUCUGAGGAAGCUUCACAUUGAUGGAUGGAAGGCGAAUCGAAUUGGCGAUGAAGGGUUAAUAGCUGUUGCAAAAGGUUGCCCUAAUUUACUUGAACUAGUGCUUAUUGGGGUUAACCCUACCAAAGCGAGUUUGGAAAUGUUGGCGUCUAAUUGCCAGAAUCUUGAGCGUUUGGCUUUGUGUGGAAGUGAUUCAGUUGGUGAUCCUGAGAUAUCUUGCAUUGCUGCUAAGUGUGUGGCGUUGAAAAAACUGUGUAUUAAGAGUUGUCCUGUUUCUGAUCACGGCAUGGAGGCAUUGGCGAGUGGUUGUCCCAAUUUGGUAAAAGUGAAGGUUAAGAAGUGUAAGUUGGUUACCCCAGAGGGUGGGGAUUGGUUGAGGAGGACUAGGGGUUCAAUUGCUGUUAAUUUAGAUACCGGUGAGGCAGAGCUUCAGGAAGCGAGUGCUAGUGAUGGAGGGGUACAGGAUAAUGGUCUGGAGUUUCCUCCAAUGCCCGCCCAAAUUGCGGCAGCGGCAGCCACCGCGUCUGGCAGCACAGCUCGGUCUAGUUCGUUCAAGUCAAGAUUAGGGCUUUUGUCUGGGAGGAGUUUAGUGGCUAGCACUUUAAGAAGAUGGUCGGGUGGUAGCACUAGUGCGCGCCAUGGUUAGGGACUAGGCCAAAUCCAGCCUGACUCUUUGACCAUUUUUCAUUGUUUUGUGUUGUAUCAUUUUAUUUUCAUAUUUCUUGUACUUAAAUUUGAAUAUGCCGUGUGAUGUUUAUUGCCUUUGGAAUUGAAGCUUCACGGUUGAAGUGAUGAUCACAUCGUUUUCUUUCUCUUUACAA